AUGUGCGCGACUGGGCACUGCAGCUACACGCGCUACAUGCAAAUGUGGGAGGCCGUCGCGCAGAACCAUCUGAGGGCCCUGAUGCUGGGCAACUACAUCCCGGGCAGCUGGAACCACUACUGGGUGCCCAACGGGAUGGCCAUGCAUAUGCUCUACGUCACGCUCGCCAACAAGCACCAGCCCUUUGCGCAUCUGAAACUGCACUUCUCGAACGUGAUGCGCGCCGCGUUCACCGCCGGCGCCACAGCUAGAAUCGGGCUGGCCAGUCGGGAUCUGGAAUCGCUGACCAUCGACGAGCUGGAGGAGAUGACCACCGCCCGGGGCACCGUCUAUCGGGCGACGGCCGUGUUCGACACGUUGAUGCUCGGGUUCCGCAGCACAGACAGCGAGCAGACGUGGAUGAAGACUUGGAUCGAAUAUCCAGCCCAGCACCCGAACCAUUGGCGGCUCUACGACUCGGUGUUGAACGAAGAACGGCCCGAGGUGCAGCCCCUCCUCGUUCAGAUGCUGUUGGAUUGGAAUGCGAAACGCAGCGACCCCGAACCUUUUGAGGAGGAGCUGAAGCAGCCGGAGAACAUCCCCGAGCUCAGCACCGGCCUCCCGCAAAAGGCUGAAUAUCCGUUGUUUCUGAUCCGUCUGUCGUGCUACUUUGACCAACGCCGCUGCAUCGACUGGGCCAAGACCAUGUUUGACGCUGAUGUGAAAAAGCAUUGCCAGAAGCAGCAAAAGUUCAGCGAGUGCACCAAACUUCGCCCCUUCAUCCGCCCGUUCGUCUACUGUGUCGUGGUGACGGCCGGCAGCCAGGAGGACGUCGACAUGAUCACGUGGGCCCGAGAGAAUGAAGUGGACCGCACCGAGCAGCAGAACCUGAUCGACGCCUUCCGCCGCGAGUGCAUCAAGCCGAAGACGCCGGAGAACGAUCCCUACUUCCGGAAGCGCACCGGCAUCCGCGGCAUCUUCGCCCCGUUCAGCAUCGAGAAGGACGACGUCUACGAA